UUAUGUAUAUGUACUAUUUGCUUGGACACCGAAUUGUUGAUUCUCAUCUUAGUGUUGAAGAUCGUCAAUUACAAGCUGACAAUACUUACAUUCUAGCAAUUGAUGGUGAUUCAAAGUUUGAACCUUGUGCUGUUCUUCGUUUGAUUAACCUUAUGAAUCUAAAAAGUGAUGUUGGUUGUGCUUGUGGACGUAUUCAUCCAAUCGGAACUGGUGUAAUGGUUUGGUACCAAAAGUUUGAAUAUGCAAUUGCUCAUUGGUUUCAAAAAGCAGCAGAACAUGUCUUUGGAUGUGUUUUAUGCGCGCCAGGAUGUUUCUCACUUUUUAGAGCAUCGGCAUUAAUGGACGACAAUAUUAUGAAUAAAUAUACAAAAACGGCUUCUGAACCAAGACAUUUUGUCCAAUAUGACCAAGGGGAAGAUCGAUGGCUUUCAACAUUAAUGCUUAAACAGGGUUAUCGAAUUGAAUACGCUGCUGCUUCUGAUGCAGAAACUUAUGCACCUGAAGGUUUUGAUGAAUUCUUUAAUCAACGGCGAAGGUGGACGCCAUCUUCAAUUGCUAAUACUUUGGACUUGUUGGCUGAUUAUAAGUUAGCUUCAAAAAAUAAUGCAAGCAUUUCAAGGCUUUAUAUUAUAUAUCAAAUGAUUGUUAUUGCAUUUUCGUUGCUUGGUCCUGCUAUAAUAUUUACAAUGCUUGUGUAUGCUCAGGUUGCCGCUUUUGCUGUCGAUUCAACUCGUGUGCUUGUCUACAAUGCUAUUCCAGUCUGUGCAUUUAUUUGUUGUUGUUUUGCUUUGGAUUCAAGCAUUCAAUUAAUAUUUGCUAAAAUUGCUUCUGUCGUUUAUGCUUUCAUAAUGCUGGCUGUUCUCAUUGCUACAACCAAUCAAAUUGUACUAGAAACAGUAUUUUCACCAACAUCAAUGUUUGUCCUUGGAAUGGUUAUUAUUUUCUCAUUUGCUUCAUGCAUUCACCCAAAAGAAUUUUCAAAUAUUAUAUUUGGAGCAAUUUUCUUUUUGAUGAUUCCUUCAACUUAUGUUUUUCUUUCUCUUUAUUCUUUAAUCAAUUUAAAUGUGAUCAAUUGGGGUACAAGAGAAGCUGUUGCCAAAGCUACUGGACAAACAACUUAUAAAGAAAAUAUUGCAGAAAGAGUUCUGAGAAGAGUUGCAAAUUUAAACGAUGAAAAUUCUUUCCUUACAAGAUUACUUAUUCGAUAUCGCGGUUCAGAAGAAUCAAGCGCUAGGAUACGAACUUUGGAAAGGAAAAUUGAACGAACUGAACGUUUAUUGCUUACAAUAAAGGACUCAAAUACAUCAGUGGAAUGUACACCAGACAAUAGAAGGUUUGGACGUCCGAUGGAUAUGGUUGAUGUAGUACUCAGAGAGGUAAAUGAGCCAGAAUUGCCCAUAAGGAGUGGUUAUGAGGCUGUUGCCGUUCGACGGUUACAAACUUUGCAGCGACAUUCUGUUAUUUCCGAUCCUUGCAAACGUUCCCUUUGGAUGGAUUGUGAAUAUCUUCAAUGUUGCGAUCGAGGGAAGUUGCGUGCUGGUGAGGAAACAUUUUGGGACGAACUUAUUGACAGAUAUUUAAAGCCGAUAGCAUCAACCGCCCAAGAUCAAGCUCAAAUUGCUGCUGGUUUAGUUUCUUUGAGGAACAGAAUUGCCUUCUCGAUCAUUUUGAUGAAUGGUUUGCUUGUCUUGGCUGUCUUUUUGCUUCAACGUCAUAAAGAUGUUUUAUCUGUAAAAUUCAUACCAUACGAGGGCUUCAAAUGGACAAAAAUGAAUGAAACAACAGGAAAAUUUGAAGAUACUACCGAAGCGCUAAAAGUUGAUCCGCUUGGAAUUGGAAUAAUUUUCUUUUUGAUGGGAAUUCUUAUAGUAUUCUUUUCAAAAAUUUUUUAA